CCACGUGAGGACCUGCUCAUCUUGCGUCCUCUUGUGUGUACUUUCUCUGAAGAAGAUGGGCUGCUGCUUUAGCAAGGAAGCCGGGCCGGGCCAGACCACCGAGACCAGCAGCCUGCUGCAUCCCCCCACCCAGGACGGCCUCCACGAGUCCGUGGAGCAAGUGAGGCAACAGGCUGUGGCCAUGGCUCAGCAUGUGUGCCUGGAGGAGGAAGAAGCCGGGCCGGCCCAGCGGAACCCCCCCGACUACGACCAAGGUCAUCCAGAACUUGACAAAAAAGCGCGUGUGAUUGUUCGUGAGAAGAACCACCGAGCAGCGGUCUCUCACAAGGAGGAUUUGGCUAUUCUUAUCUCGGCCGGCACAAGCGUACAAGAGGACCCGGGAUCUGAAGCAGGCCUGACCCACUCCCCCGCGCACAGCUGUGACCCGGCUCCCUAUAUGGAGGUGCUCAGCCAGAGUCCGGCCAAACAGAACAUUGUGCAGAACGCCACACUCCGAGCCUUGUGGUUCACUCAGAACCACGAGGGCCAGAAGCUCCCUAAGCCUGAAGGAUUUUGGUCCGCUCCAGUCGACGCUGACACGGGCGACCCGAACUCGGCUCAACAGGUAUCCCUCAGAACCGAGGAUGGCGAGGAAAGCUGUAUUGUCACUGCAACGCUGGGUCAGGACUUCCAAACGAGGACCCAGAGGUUCUACAGCAUCUGCUCAAUUGAUGACCUGGACCAUGAAGACCCCAGUCGCCCUCGAACGUCUGCUUCACAGACCUACUCACCUAUCCCUCCCGUAUCUGACCCACUACGCCUCAGCGGCGGUUCUGGAAAGCUCCCGGACGCUCAUGUUAGUGACCCACCACCACCAAGUAAGACCUCUGAAGGUGAUCCGUCAACGAUGAAGCUUUCGGACCCUUCAAAGGUUCAAACCUCAAAGGAAGAACCUGUCACUUUCCAGGAGAGCCUAGUGGACUCUGUCCAACGUUCAAAACCAACCAGUGAAAGUCCCAAAGAAGUCCAUUCCAGUGACAUCCCAGAGCAGCACAACGAGGAGGACCUCUCAUCACUGCAAGGUGGAGUUAUCAGUGCAAGUCCUAGUGGGCAAGAUGAUGUCGUCCACAGCAGCUCGGCUCUCGCUGAAGUAUCCUCUCUCUGGACCGUCUCCACACCGUCUCCUGAACUAACUGCUUCGUCCCACCACAGCGCUCUGACCACGUCCCCCUGGGGUCCCGUGUCCACAUUUGAAGAACCUGAUGAAGACGUGCGUGUACCAAUCAGUUCACCUGUUCAAGUCCAGGUCACCUCAGAGAGUUCUGGAGCACGUCAUGGGUCGGAACAAGCAAGCCCGAGCAUGUUUUCCACAUCCAUGGAGGAGACCGGCAUGAAGGUAGAAGGUCCACAGCAAGAGAGUCCUCAAGUAGAACUUGCAAAUGGACCUGUGUGUGAUGGAGAAGACAUGAUGACUUCUGACACUGAUUUCGUCCAACUGGACACCUGUGCAUGUCCAAACAGAACAGGUGUUCUGGAUGAGGUUUCUUCCCAGCAGCGAGGCCACGGCUUCCUAGUGGAGCCGCACCAGCUGGACAUUUAUGCCUCCACCCCCUCCUAUGAAAUUCACUUCCUGGGUCAGGAGGCCCCGGCGCCCGCCGAGGAAGGCGAGUGCGAAGGUGGGAUGAGGGAGAUGGUGUCGGACCUGCUGGGAGAGGACUCCGACCCCUCCGGGUGCCACCUGGAUCCCGAGUCCUGGAUCAGGCCCGCUGUGGAGGGCGAAUGCGAAGGAUGGGCCAAAGGGGCGCCGCCAAGCCAGGGAGGGAUGGGUGCAGGGGUUCUGUUGGGAGCGUUCCCAUACGGCGCCAUGAUUCCUCCGGUACCGUGUGAGUGGGCGUGGCACACAGGAAACUCUCCAGCUACCCUGAACCCGGACGCUGAGGUCUGGACCGGAUGCGACUACAAGUUCCUGCAGGCUCCGGAGCCAUGGAUGCUCCUCCCUCCCCAGCAGACGUUACUUCAAGGCGACACCAGCCUGGCUCAGAUUGACGCGUGUCCCGUAGUGACGGAGAACCACAUCCAACCAGAGCCCGACACAGAUGCUCUGAUGGAACAGCUGAGGUCUGUGUUGGAGUUCUGUCUCAGCAGGGAGCACCUGGCCAAAGACUUGUACCUUCAGUCUCAGAUGGAUGACGACCAGUACGUCUCCAUAGCAACCCUGGCCGGCCUGGACGCCGUCAAGCCCAUAAGUGUGGACCUUCAGCUUAUCACGGAUGUUGUCAAAACUCUGCCGCAUGUUCAGAUGGCGCCUUGCGGACUGAAAGUGCGACCGAGUCAAAGUCAGUACGUCCUCAUCCUGCGCGAGAUCCCCAGCAGCACAUCUCGCGAGGAAGUAGAAGCACUCUUCUGUGACGAAAACCUGCCCAAGUUCCUCAGCUGUGAGUUUGUCAGCAGCGACAACUGGUUCGUCACCUUUAGGUCGGAGGCCGACGCCCACCAGGCUUUCAAGUACCUGCGAGAGGAGGUGCAGGUGUUUCAGGGGAAGCCCAUCAUGGUGAGGAUGAAGGCCAAAACCACAAUGUUCGCUUCCCGUGCGCCCGUCAACGGCUACAGCCCGGCCCAGGUCAACAUCAUGGGCGAUCAAUCUUUUCUGCCCCCGGCCGCCUACCAGCAGAUGUACGAUUUUGCCUACCCCGCCUGGUCCGAUUCGGCAUACUCCGACGGUGCUGAGCCGCCUGAACUCAAUGACGCUCUGAAUGGGUUCCCAGCAGCUCCUCGCUUCAAGCCUCACGUCCCACGCAGGAACGGCAGGAGGGGCGCGAGGACGUCCAGCUCGGAUCAACUCACAAAUCAUCACUCCUUACACCCAGCGGAGCAGUCCUCAGAAGAACGCUCCUCGUUCUCGAGGUCGGGUCGGGGUUGGUCGCACUCUCGAGGAAAUGCGUCUCAUCAAAACAGAAGGUCUUUAAAUGGAAACCGGGGGAGAAGAGAGAACCCACGUUCGGGGGCCAAAACGUUACGUCACAAAACCUCAUCGCCUCCUCGCCAGCCGUCCCCCAUCGAGCUCGGCGUCUCAAACUUUCCUCCGCUCGGUGUGCAGAAGAAUUGCGAGCCAGCGGAACCUACAUCCAGCAGCCACCAGGAGAUCCCCAGUGAGCCUCACAAGAAGCUGAGCUACGCCGCGAUCUGCCAGAGGUCUUCGUCCGACGGGUCAGCGCUGCCCGCUGAAUCAGCCUCAGAAUCUCCCUCUGCCCCUUUGUCACAGUAAUUGUGAGUCAUAUUAGCUUUUUGCACUGGUGGUUUUAGUGUAGUGGUGUGGCUUUAAAAUCAUUCACAUUUAUUCAUAUCAUUUUAUUACUUUUGUCUUCUUUUGUUGUAGUUCCAGUGGAUUGUUGUGUUUCACGGUGUUAUGUUGCGGUGGGGGCACUUCCUCACUUGGGGCCCUAUUCUGUGUUUUUUUUACGCGCUCAAAGUUACGUACGUUCCUCUUAUUCCUAUUUUCCCAUCCGCCCCAUGUAAGUGAGGCAAAAGUGCGUAAGUGUGGAAUGAAGGCGGAUUUUGCUCUCACACCUUUUUUUGCGUUAAAAUUGUGGAGAGUGCAGUUUUAGUAAUACUUGAGAAUGUCAGUGAAACCAAUGAAAAAGAUGACACUUCAAAUUUGACAAGGCCGUAUUAAUCCAGGCAGUGCUUGUCACGUAAACGUGUGUUGUCAUGGUGAUGUAGUGUCUUUAUUCAUGCUACAGCAUGUCAUCUUCAUGGAUGCAUGUGAAUAAUAAUGUGUACCGUUUUUUCGGACCAUAGGGCGCACUGAAUAUAAGGCGCACUGCCGAUUAGGUCUUUUUUCAUACAAAAGGAGCACCGGAUUAUUAGGCGCCAUAAAGGGGUCAUAUUAUGAUUUUUUUUUCUAAAUGUAAAACACUUCCUUGUGGUCUACAUAACAUGUGAUAGUGGUUCUUUGGUCAAAAUGUUGCAUAAGUUAUGUUUACAGACCAUCUUCAAGUCGCUUUCUGACAGUCAAAACGGCGGUUUUGUGGGCGGUUUUAUUUACGUGGCUCACCUUCGGCAGCGUCUUCUCCCCGUCAUCUUUGUUGUAGCGGUGUAGCGUGCAAGGACGGGAGUGGAAGAAGUGUCAAAAGAUGGAGCUAACUGUUUUAAUGACAUUCAGACUUUACUUCAAUCAAUAACGGAGCAGCAUCUCCUCAUCCGUGGCUCACUAGUGCAACAACAACGCCGGAAAUGAGUCCCGUGAAAAACCGUCCGACCGGAACUCUCUAAUAAUUAAAGUUCCUUGAGUGAAUUAUGUAAACUCACUACAGUGGUAGUUUUUAGCGCUUUCAUAGGAGAGAUAUAAGUUAGAACUUUACGUUACUUUAUAUUAGAAAUGGCAACAGCGGAGGAUGAAGUCCACAUAACAAGAAGAUAGAGAAAAAGAAGAAGCUUAUCGACUAUGGCAUCAGCACGCACUACAGUGGCGGACUUGCGCAAAUUUUCAGGACUUAUGCAGAUCUCAAAUACACAUCAGCAGGCACCAGAAGGUAAGAAAAGUUGGUUUUGCAUAAUAUUGUGAAACAAAACGCCAGCUAAUAUGUCUGCUAAUGGGUGCCAUUUUGCGGUCCUUAUAUACACAAACCAUAGUAAUACUUGUAUCUCUUUGACUACAGUAGCUGUAAUGGGCCGACAACCCAUCAAGCGGUGCGGCUUCAAAGUCAUACUAAAACAUUUUGAUAGAUUUUUGAGUGUCGUGUGUAAUGUUCUUUAUUUUCAAUGGGACAUUUAAAGUUUUGGUGUUGUUUACUGGCGUCAUAUUGCAGUCUACACGUAUCUCCUAUGUGUGAUUACCAUCUACUGGUCACACUUAUCAUUACACCAUGUACCAAAUAAAAUUGCUUCCAACAGAAUUAUUCCGUACAUUAGGCGCACGGGGUUAUAAGGCGCACUGUCGAUUUUUGAGAAAAGAUUCUUGGGGAGAUGAUUAGGUUCAGACCCGAUUCUCUUAUCAACACAAUUGUCAAUUGGAACCAAUUUUCGCAAUGUAUUACUUGGUAUAAUAAUUAUAAUACAAUUUUUUCAAAACAGGUUGCAGGUCCGAAAAGCUCCUUCCAGUUGCAUGGAGAUGGCUUAAAAAUGAAUUUUUAUUUUAAAAAUAUUAAUAAAAACUAUGUAUAUGUGUGUGU